UAACCUGUCAUUGCCGUGAAAAUUUAAAUGCAUCAAGUUGAGCGGUACCGGUACGAACAUCAUCAUUCACCGAGCGCGCGAUUAUACAAGUACUCGUAUGAUUAGUCAGAGAAUAUCUAUAUUUCAGUUUGAGCUGGAAUCUUCGGCCUCGCAGAAACAUUGUGUCGCGAUGGACCGAACUGCCAGUUCCCUCCUCAGCGUGCAGCUUGGUCGCCAUUCCUUCGAUGCCGCGUACUCGUCGCCGUUCGUAGUGGACUUUGCUUAUCCGUGGCUGUACGUGUGCGAAUACUGCCUGGAUUACACUUCGCAUUACGACGACUGGGACGAUCACUGUAACGGGAAAUCCCCCUGCACCGUGGUUACGCCGCCCGGGAGGCUGGUGUACCUGGACGAGAUCAGCCGCGGACAGCAUCCGUACGGCCGCAGCGAAACGCUGGUGGUGUACGAAGUGAACGGCUCACUGUACCCCUAUUACUGCCAGAAAUUGUCCCUCCUGGGCAAACUCUUCCUGGAGAAUAAACUGAAAACCUACGAUGUGGACGACUUGGUGUUCUAUGUGCUGUGCGUGAGGGGAUGCUCAGGGGACCACAUCGUCGGGUACUUCUCGAAGCUGAAGGAAGUACAAACCAUUACCUACAAUCUCCACAAGUUGGUCAUCUUUCCUCCUUUCCGGCGCCGUGGUUACGGGAGUUUUCUUAUUGGAUUCAGUUACUUUCUUUCGCGACUGGACGGAUCUCCCGGACGUCCAGAACUUCCAUUAUCUGUCGCCGGGCAAGAAGCGUACAGAGUGUACUGCCGAAAGGCAAUAUUCGCUUACAUGCGGGCGCGCGACCCUAACAGUCCUGUUGAUCUCACGAUCGAAGAGAUCUGUAGUUGGACCGGAAUCUGCGGCGACGAUGUUAGUCAGGUGUUUCUUUGGCUGAAAUCGUUUGCGUUCGAUGCGGAGCAGGGAAAGUAUGUGCCACGAAUGAUUGCCAAAGAUUACAAUCGUUUUGCUAAACUUAUGCGCGAUUCUACUCCGUUGAUCUCUGUUUUGACCGACAAGUGUGUCCAACUUCCGUUGUCGCAAACGAAGAAGUUAGCCGGCUGAAUGGAAGUGCAGUGAAGCUCGAGCGUGGAGGCGAAUUUGUGGCUCUUUUCAGUUUCGCAAUGCCUGCGGUGUGCGGUCAGAUGGAAUUCCUUCUGGUGAUAUUAAUUGCUCGUUUGGCCGUUCUCCUGUAGUGACCACAGUUGGCAGUUUUUGUUAUUCCGUUUUUGUUUGGGAUUGUUCGGAUUGUUGUUUAGAGACUGGUUAAGUUGUUAUGUUUGUCUCUUCAUUCCUCUCGAAUGUUAGUUUAAUUUUAUAUAAUUUUUUUGUCUUCUGACUUUCUUGCUGCAUCCCUAAUUUUUUUGUUUUGUACAGUUCUUAAUCCUUUCCGGUUUCCAGUUCUUCGGUAGGCUGCCCUUUGCAGGGACAUUUUAUGUUAUUAGGUGUUGUGUAUGUACACUUUUUUGUAUAUAUUUUGCGCACCCCCCACUGCCAAAGACUCAUUUUUUGCGGUCAAUACCAAAAUGAUUCCUUACAAU